CAACUCGUUCAUCAUGGUCUCCCUUACCCAAAUCGCCCUUUUGGCCCUGACCAUGGGCGCCGCAACCAUCGACGCGCAAUCUGGAAAGACAACUAGAUACUGGGACUGCUGCAAGUCCUCCUGCGGCUGGCCCGGCAAGGCCAAUGUCAACCAGCCCAUCCGCAGCUGUGACAAGUCCGACAACCCACUCGCGGACAUGAACACACAGAGCGCCUGCAACGGAGGCUCGGCAUACAUGUGCACGAACCAAAGCCCAUGGGCCGUCAACACCAACCUGGCCUACGGUUUCGGUGCCGUCAAGCUCGCCGGCGGCAGCGAGUCAACCUGGUGCUGCUCUUGCUACGAACUCACAUUCACCACCGGCCCCGUCGCAGGCAAGAAGCUGGUCAUCCAGGCCACAAACACGGGCUCCGAUCUGGGCGACAACCACUUCGAUCUGGCGAUGCCUGGUGGCGGCGUUGGCAUUUACAACGCUUGCACCAACCAAUUCGGCGCUCCUGCUCAGGGCUGGGGACAGCAGUAUGGCGGCAUCUCGCAGCGAUCCGAGUGUGAUUCUUUCCCCACGAAGCUCAAGGCUGGAUGCUACUGGAGGUUCGACUGGUUCAUGAACGCCAACAACCCGGAUGUGACGUUCAAGCAGGUCACCUGCCCCAAGGCCAUCACCGACAAGUCAGGGUGCGUGAGGAACUAGAGCAGAGGAGCGUGUUGGGGGAAGGACG